AUGAAAAGAAGUGUUGCAAUUUCCAGUUUAUCCGGAUCUCCAAAACGAAUGCUUUCGUAAAUGAGUAUAUAUGAUUUUCCGAAUUUGGAACUGUUAUCAUAGAAUUACGAAGAUGAGCAACUGGGUUACAUGUUAACUGAAAGUGUCAUCGUGUGUAGAUUCAUCUGUCGAUAGAUUAUUCAGAAGGCAAGUAAUAUCAUUUAGGAGAACUACAUAAUGAAUUAACUCGUACCCUUCGGUUGCAAAUGGACAGAACAAUUCAUGAAUAUGAUCAUAACAGAUAUUACAGAGGAUAUCAAUUGCAUAGAUUCCAAUUAGGAUGAGAUCGAACCAAAGCCAUGUCCAAUAGAACAUUGGAGAAGAAUGAUUGGGUAGGUCUAGAGUCCCAAGAGGACCUUGAUUUAGAAUCGAUCUUUUAGAAGAGAGUCUAAAAUUUAGAGCACUCAGUUCAGUAAAGGGGAUAUCGAGAGAUUCGACACUCAACCAGUCAAGAUGGGAGAUCUGGAUGACGACGUUGAUUUUGAUACGGAGAUUGAAUCUAUGCGUUAAGCUAAGGCAAGAUAAAUAUUUAAUUUGCAAUAAAUGCAGAUGCAAGAUCUAAUAAAAAGGCAAGAGUACCAAGAGAUGAAUAGACAACUGAAGAGAUUGAAUGUUGAUUCUAAAUCCAAAUACACUUACGAUUUUGAGGGUAGAGUGAUAGUUCAGAAGCCACCAGAUGUAGAACGCUAUCCUAAGACUAAUCAGGAAAUCCAAGAAAAAAGAGUGCUCUUAGAAGUCAAGGAUCUCUUCCCUUUUCAUAAAAAGAAAUUAGAAUCUAUUUGCAAUUACAAAAAGAAGACGACUGAACAAUGUAACCCUUCAACUUUAUCUAAUCGUAUUAGCUAAUCCUAAAUUGACAUUAUCUAAUUGCAAAAGGGAGUAACUUUCAUAGAAGGCAAAAACGAGAAGAGAAAUGAUCGUCAACACUCUUUGGUUGAAAUCAAAGACCCCAAAGAAUUGCAGAAGACUUUAUCCUAAAUCCAUCUGAAAAUGAGCAAGGAGGAGUAUUCAAUCAUCACCAAUCAACCCUUGUAGUCUAGUUACACCACUAAUAAGAAUUUGAGUCUCACUCAAAACUAAACUCCCUAACCAUUCCAGCAGCAGAAUAUCCAAACCAUCCCCCUAUCUAUUAACGGAGAUCAAAGCAUCCAAUCUCUUAACUCCUCUAUAUUAUAAAAACUCAAUGGAACCAUUUCCAUCAUCUCCGAUCACUAUGAGGAAUUGCUGGUACAAGAACCCUCUUCCUUGAUCACACCUACUACAUCGAAAUUGCCGCAAAUUCAACAUCAAGUCUCCUAACCACAAAUUCCAUAACACAUGCUCACUGAACCUACCUCAUAUGCCAUAGCCAAUUCUGUAACUAAAUUGCCCAAGACCAUGUAUGUCCCAGGCACAUUUUCAAAAAUAAUACCCAAAUACCCCAGAGAGAGAAUCUCACGUAUUGUCAAAUAGAUCAAGUUUUGA